CUCAAGCCUCUGCGAGAUCUCUAUCAGGGCCUCAGGCGCGGUUAAACUGCGAUCGGUGCAGGUCAUGAGGACCUUCUUUCCCGCCGCGCUGCUGGCGAGCUGCUGUGCCAGAGCUGCCGGCAGCCAGCUGCAGGUGGCCCUUCAAGGCCUUGUGGAUGAUCUCUCACAGAAAUACGGCUAUGCCAUGCAGCUGGCUUGGAAAUCAAACUCGGAGGACUUCGCAGUGUCAGCUGGUCAUGAUCCAGUCACCGGCAGGGCUGUCACGUCAGAGGACACCUUUGCUUUUGGUUCUGGCACCAAGCCAUACACGGCGGUGCUGGUCAUGAAGCUGGCUUCGGAAGGAUUGGUGGAGCUGGACAAGCCAGCAGCCCAGUACGUGGACGGCAUCCUGAAGCAAAUGAACGGCACCUCGAUGGUGGGGCUCUUCGGGGCGAAGGCCAGCGACGUCACGGUGGGCCACCUCCUGCGUAUGCAGAGUGGUCUGGCGGACUUCGACGUCCCGGGCUUUGAUGAUGCCCUGCUGAAGAAGGGCUCCUCAGCGCACAGCCCCAUGGAGUUUCUGCACGCCGCCGCCAGCCAGAGCCCAGCCUUCCUGUGCGACCCGGGCCAGUGCACCAGCUACACCAGCACGAACUACGUCCUGGCGGGGUUCGUGGCCCUGGGCGCCAAGGGUCAAAGUGACUGGACCGCCCUGGACCAGGCGCAGAUCUUCCCGCAGCCCGCAGAUGCCAAGUACCAGCGCUGCCGCUUUGCGGACCAGGGCCGCCUGAACAGCAGCCUCUCCGUGGCAGGGGCCGCUGGGAGCUUCCUGCACCGCACGCAGAUCUUCUCCCAGGACGCCUCAAUCCUUGGCUGGACCUGCGGCAACCUUGUGGCGCCGGCGUCCUCCGCGGCCGAAUUCUUUUAUGACUUCCUGCUAGCAAAGCGGAUCAUCCCAGAAGCCAUGGUCGACAAGAUGAAGGACUUCCGGCCUUUGAACGUGGGCUGGGCGAAGGGCACGAUUCAGUACGGCACAGGCCUCAUGAUUCAGCAGGCCAGCUGGAACGCCAGCUACCCCCCGGAGCUGGACAGCUGGGGCUCCUACGUGGGCCACGGCGGGGACACCUAUGGCUUUUUGUCGGAGAGCGGCGUGCUCUCACAGUUUAACGCCUCCUUCUCGGCCAUCGCCAACCAGGAGUACUCGGGAACUUUUGUGAAGAACGUGAUGGUGUGCAACAUGAUCAAACUGGCCGCCAAGAUCUUGCUGGGCCAGGACGUAUUCCUAAAGUGUGGUUUACGACCCUUUCAUUCGACACUGGUGGUGUAGGGGCGCUUGGCCCCUUCACGACUGUGACUCGAAAGCGAAGCACGCGCGUGGAGAA